UUGCUGCCUCGUUUACAUCUUGGUCUUUUUUGGCUUUAUUGAUUGGCUUGGUGGUAUACAUUGAUUUGGAUUGAAGUCCCAAAAGAAUCUACCAAUCCUGCUUGAAGCCCCAAAAGGAUUUCCAUUGUUGCUUCAACUGGCAAGAGCUGCCUUUCAGUAGAUGAGCUGAAGAAGAAAUACCUGGUUUUGUAUUAGCAUCUCUUCAGAAGAUUUUGUAUGCAAUGGCAUGGAACAUGAAGGAAGUAACCACUUAUUUCGAUGUUUUCCGACAGUCAAAUGUUGAUUUAAACGAGCAGAACACCAAAGAUGUACUCAAAAGGCAAAACAUUACAAGAUUCAAAUACUGGAAAGAUGUUCCAGUGGAAGACCUUGGAAAAGCACUGAAGGAUCUUGCUAAUGGGGAAGAUUGCAAACUUUCAGCAGAUCAACUUAACAAUAUAAUCCAAGCUCUUACUCAUCAUUCUUUGCAAGGCAAGAUUGAUGCAGAUAUGUGGAAUUCAUGUGUCAAGUACUGGGCAAGAAAGGACAUCAGUGAGAAAUCUGCUCUCAUUGCUGUUGAUGUCCAAAAUGACUUUAUUUCUGGAUCGCUUGCACUGAAAAAUCAACCUGCCAAGGAAGAUGGUGCAGAAAUUGUUCCAGUCAUAAACAAGCUGAAGCAAGAUGUCAAGUUUGAUCUGAUAGUGUUUACUUUGGACUGGCAUCCGUCUGAUCAUUGCUCUUACCAUACAAAUGUCAAGAUGUAUCCAUUUCAUGAGACAUGUAAAAUAAAAGCAGAUCACGCUAAGAUGUAUGAUUUUGUUAUCUAUGGUGGAGAUAAACCACAGGAGCAAAUUCUUUGGCCUGUUCACUGUGAGCAGGGUAGCUGGGGAGCAAAACUUCAUGAAGAUCUUCAGAUUGAAGACUCUGCCCUGAUGGUUCACAAGGGCUCUAUACCUGCAAUUGACAGCUAUUCAGCAUUUUGGGAUAAUGGAAAACUUUCACAGACAAAUCUCUUUACAACAUUGCUGCAGCAUAACAUCACAAAAGUGUUCAUUUGUGGACUUGCCACUGAUUUUUGUGUUGCAUUCAGUGCAGUUGAUGCUGCCAACCAUGGUCUGACAACAUUUCUCAUUGAAGAUGCAUGCAGAGGUGUAUCAGAAGAAUCCAUAAAAAAUGCUCGGGCAAAUAUGAAGGAUGCUGGAGUCACAAUCAUAAAUACAAACCAGGUUCUUGAACUCUUGUAGCAGGAUAAAGGAUUUUGGGCAAAUUGCAUUUUCACAGAAAAUAAACUGAACAUACACCAAUUGCGCAGAAUUAUACUUUUAGAAGGAUACUGUUGAACAGGAUCUCAGUCAAAUUCAAUCUUCACAACAACUUUCCCCUGAUAUCCAAUAUAAUUUGUUACGUUUACUAAAACUGUUUACUUUGUACAUUUAUAAUGCAGAAAAAUAUGUAAUUUGUUAUUUUUUAACGUUAUUUAAGUAGUAAUCAAUCAACAGCACCUCACAUGCUUAUCAAUUGUUCAGCAAAUGAUGAGUGUUUUGACAACACAGAACAAGACAACAACAUAGAACAAGAGAACAACACACAAGAUACAAAAGCAGGCAUCAUUUUCUUUCAUUUUCAUGAAAAUAGCUUUACAAGUUUAAAUGAAGUAAGCUUUAUUAUUGAAUGACAAAUAUUAUUGAAUUGUACAAAAAUAAAUAGGUAGAUUCAUGAAUUUCAAAGCAAACAUGUAACCAAACAGAAUUGGAACCCCCUGAAGCCAGAGCUCUGUGGCAAACUGAACCUAGGAUAAGUCCAAUAUCAGCAUAUUUUUCUAUUUUGAAGGGUACAGGUGCCUAAUUGGCACACUUUUAAUUUCAGGUAUAAUAUUUGGCAUCACAAAUAUCUAUAAAUUAUAUAUAUAAAUAUCUAUUAUUUUUUUAUCUAUACUGGAGAUAAACCACAGGAGUAAAUUAUUUGGCCUGUUCAUGGAAAAACGGAAAGGUUGGGCUAUACAGAUAUGAUGGAUUAGGUAUUAUAAGGAAUUUAUCAGGACCAAAAAUUGACCUUUAAAACAAUACUAUUCAACCAUAUCAAAAACCAAAUAAUAAUACUGUCUACAUCAACAAACAAUCUAAUCACCUGCCAACAGUAUUAAAAGAGCUACCUAAAGGCACUAACAAACAGAUAUCAGAAUUAUCAUCAACCCAAGAAAUUUAUAGAAGAAAUUUAUAGAUAUUGGCCUUACCAGAGUUAAAUUCAGAUUACAAUAUGCUAACCAUAACAAAGUUUUAAAGCACAAAAGAUAUAAAAAGAGUACUGAACUUUCAAAAUAUGUUUGGAAAUUGAAGGAACAAGGAAAGACACCUACUAUUAAAUGGAGAAUUGUCAAGAAAAUAAAGAGCACGGCUAGAAAUAACUUUUGAAAAUUAUGCCUGACAGAAAAAUUUAUAUCAUUCAAUCUUUAGGGGAUAAUAAAAUACUCAAUAAUAGAACAGAAUUUAUAAGAUAUUGUAGACACCAGAAAAAACUUUUGAUUAGCAAUUUUAAAAUGUAGUUGUUACGAUUUAUCACUCUACACAAUUAGCUUGGUUUGACUUUGUUUGAUUAUUCCUUUUUUACAGUUAUAUCUUGCUUGCAGUCAGUUUGUGUUCUUUUAUACACCUGAUGAUUGUUUACACAUGAAACUCAGAGUUGUGUAACAAUAGUCUGUUUAUUUUAGUCUAUCAAGAAUAUAUAAUAUAUAUUUAUAUUUAUAUCAGCACUUAUCUCAAGGUAAGGGGGUGUGAAUAUUUAAAGUUUACCACACCAGUUAAAUUUGAGCCAGUUUUGCAAGUUCCCCCUGUAAGGGUGGUUUGGUGAGCAUCAUUGGCUCCCUGUGUUGAACACCAUUG